CUAAGGCAAUAAUAGCAAAAUGGCUUUUAUAUAGCCAUUUGCCUGUAAAGAAGUACUUUUAAGCAGCCCAGCUGACAAGUUUUUCAAAAGCUGACUCUUUUUUUUACUUGUACAAACCACAAGUGAGUAACCUGUUUAUGUGGGCUGGGAAGCUACUAAAAAUUUAUCUGAGCCAAUUAAUUUGCAAGCCCGAUUUGACAUUUAUUCUCAGAAGCGUCAGUGUUUGCAGAGAAUGUGAUGCUGGUCUCUGUGUAGUUACGUGAUUCGCCAUGGAAAGGAUUUUUGUUUGAUUUAGCUUGUGUGUAUUAUGGAGCAUGGUGACAGUAAAAUUAACUUAGAGGCUAAGUAUUUUUUUUUAAUGGUUAAAAAAAAUUAGUUUACUAAAAGAUGUGUUUUUGUUUCUGUAUGUUUGAUGCAGGUUGCAAAAUAAAGGCAUUGAGAGCCAAAACAAAUACAUACAUCAAGACCCCUGUCCGUGGAGAAGAACCCAUUUUUGUUGUCACUGGACGCAAAGAAGAUGUAGCCAUGGCCAAAAGGGAAAUUCUUUCCGCCGCUGAACACUUCUCCAUGAUCAGAGCUUCGCGCAACAAAAAUGGCCCUGCUCUGGGAGGGCUGCCUUGUAACCCCAAUCUGCCAGGCCAAACCACAGUCCAGGUCAGGGUGCCUUACCGUGUCGUCGGGCUGGUGGUUGGCCCAAAAGGCGCUACAAUCAAAAGAAUUCAGCAGCAAACUCAUACCUACAUAGUUACUCCCAGUAGAGACAAAGAGCCAGUUUUUGAGGUUACCGGCAUGCCUGAAAACGUAGAUCGUGCCCGUGAAGAGAUAGAAAUGCACAUUGCCAUGCGCACUGGAAACUACAUUGAACUAAACGAAGAAAAUGAUUUCCAUUACAACGGUACAGAUGUAAGUUUUGAAGGAGGAAACCUUGGAUCUGCCUGGCUUACUUCCAACCCGGUACCACCUCCAAGUCGCACCAAGAUGAUUUCUAAUUACAGAAAUGACAGCUCCAGUUCUCUAGGAAGCGGUUCCACCGAUUCCUACUUUGGAAGCAAUAGGUUGGCUGACUUCAGCCCAACAAGUCCAUUCAGCACUGGCAAUUUUUGGUUUGGAGAGUCGUUACCUUCUGUGGGUGCAGAGGAUCUAGCAGUCGACUCUCCUGCAUAUGAUUCCUUGCCAACUCCUUCUCAGACCAUCUGGACACCUUUUGAACCUGUCAACCCACUCUCCAGUUUUGGUAGUGAACCUGCUAGUAAUGUGAAGGCUCCGCGGAAAGGGAGUCAGCCAUCCACACCUCGCUUGUCACCUACGUUUCCUGAAACCUUGGAACAUCCCUUAGCACGGAGGGUAAGAAGCGAUCCCCCCAGCACAGUCAACCAGGUUGGCCUUCCAAUCUAUAUCCCUGCCUUUUCAAAUGGUACCAACAGCUACUCUUCUUCCAAUGGUGGUUCCACAUCUAGUUCCCCUCCAGAGUUAAGACGGAAACACGAUUGCGUGAUAUGUUUUGAGAAUGAAGUAAUUGCUGCCCUGGUUCCAUGUGGCCACAACCUUUUCUGCAUGGAAUGUGCCAACAAGAUCUGUGAAAAAGAAGCACCAUCGUGUCCAGUUUGCCAGACAGCUGUUACUCAGGCGAUUCAAAUUCACUCUUAAAUAUAUAGAGAUAUUAUAUAUGGACUUUUUAAACUCUUAAUGGCUUGGAUGUAAUGGUACCCCCUAAGUAAACUUAUAAUGAACUCAGACUGUUAUUGGGCUUUCUUGAGAUUAGGCUAACAUUGUUUGAAAAGCAUGUACUCUUUUCAAAAAAGGCUUGUUCAGUUAACCUUAUAGGCCUAGCCAGUCUUUCUCCAUUUUGGUUGCAGCUGUGGUACCUCUAGCAAAGUCCAGGAAGGAAGCUGUGAUGUUGUUGGGAUGCCAGGGACUUAGAUCUGUUUCGGAGCAGGAGCAUACAGUGAGCAUUUGCAGGCUGUCCAGAUCUUGACGAAGCAUUGGCGGUAAUGGCGGUGAAAGUGAAGUCUCAUGUAGCCCCUGAGCGUAGAAACUGUUGAGGGGGAAGGGUGCAAAGGAUGAUGAAUGUUUCAACAUACUUCCAGUGCUGCCUUCUUUACACUGCCAGUUUUUCAAAGCAGGUUUUGGGGAUGCUUUUUCCCUCUUUACAACAAUACAGGCUUAAUUUACCUAAUGUUGCAAAUAAUUUUACAGUGCGUCGAUUGAGUUCCUGCCAUUCAGCGAGUAGCCUAGUGAGAAUUUUUAUUAACAAGAUCAUUGUUCAUGGAGGACAGAGGGGGCGAAACAGGAUGAAUUAAGCCUCUUCUCAUCCAGUAUGCAAUUGAGGCAUCUUAAGUGAAUCAGGAAUGUGUGGGUCUUCCAUUGCUGAAGCCUGGGAAAGCCUUCUUUGUCUCAAUCAUUGCCAAGGGACACAGGAGCUCCAGCCACGUGCACAGAGAGCCCCCAUUUGUAGCAGUUUGCUUAUUUAUUGGGGGGGGGCAAUCUUACGUAAUGCUCUGAAUAUGUGGAUUGCCCCUAUCUUCCAUUGAAAGGAAGGAGACCCUCUGUGUACUAGGCGUUCAUCACACAAUACAAGAUGCAAUUCAUGAUGCUAAGAGCUGUGACGUUUCCGUAUGGACCCCCCUCCCCACCCGUAUCUGCUUCUGGCGGACCUGUGUUGGGAGGAAGGGGAAGGUGAGAGGGGUUUGCAUCCGUUGUAUCUGCAAACGAGGAUGCUAACAUUCCAUUGGCUCAUGUGAUCAAGCUGUUCUUAAAUUAACUAUUUUAGAGAAUAUCAAGAGUAUAAAAAAUGUGAAUCAUUUUUAUGUUUCAGCCACACUUGCACAUUAUGUGAAACUUGUCUUUUAUUUUUAGUCAUAUAGGAGGGCAAAAGGAGUAACAUCCACUUUUUUGUAUCAUUCAUGAUAAAUAGCAGUGACUUAAGACCCAGCAAAAUGGUUUAUCUCAUUUCAAAACUAUACUUUCCUAUCUUAAGGGGAAAAAAUGAAUUUCUCUGUUGAUUUCUUUAACAUACAUUUCAGCCUAUGGAUGUUUCUCACUACAGUACUUCAUCCUCAGAAUAUUCCCAAAUCUGUGCUGGCAUUUUUAAAAGAACACUCAGAAGUUCUGAUGGAUUUCUUUUUCCUUCUUCCUCCCUCUUCCUCUUUCUCCCUCU